UGUCAACACAAGGUGUGCGCACUGAGGCUAAAGAUCACACAGCAGGUUUGGGUUUGGUCUCCAGCAGUCGCAUUCGCACGGCGCGCACGGAAGCGGCAGCAGCAGCAGCGGCAGCAGCAGCAGCGCUGGCUCGCUCCAACAUUUAUCUCGCUGUGGAUUGUGGGAGUCGAGGACACUGCCCAGGCUUGUUACCGGGGGGCCGACGCACAGCACCGGAGACAUAUUGCUGCUCCCUGUUCUAGCCUGACACUGGUAGCGGUAUCAGCACCAUGUCCAGCCGAGGAGGCAAGAAGAAGUCGACCAAGACGUCCAGGUCCACCAAGGCCGGGGUCAUUUUCCCUGUGGGACGCAUGCUGCGCUACAUUAAGAGGGGCUUGCCCAAGUACCGCAUCGGGGUUGGGGCGCCUGUCUACAUGGCUGCUGUUCUUGAGUACCUUACUGCUGAGAUCCUGGAGUUGGCCGGCAAUGCAGCCAGGGACAACAAGAAGGGUCGCGUCACACCACGACACAUCCUGCUGGCCAUCGCAAAUGAUGAGGAGCUCAACCAGUUGCUGAAGGGAGUGACCAUCGCAGCAGGUGGAGUCCUGCCCAACAUCCAUCCAGAGCUUUUGGCCAAGAAGAGAGGGACGAAGGGCAAACCGGAGACACAAGUCACACCUACUCCUGAGAAGAAACCCAAGUCAGCCAAGAAGCCUGUGACCAAGAAACUUGGUGGGAAGAAGGCAGGAGGAAAGGCUAAGAAACAGGGAGAGGUGAGCAAGGCGGCGUCGGCAGACAGCACCACAGAGGGAACCCCAGCCGACAGCUUCACCGUCCUCUCCACCAAGAGCCUCUUCCUGGGUCAGAAGCUCAACCUUAUCCACAGCGAGGUCAGUAACUUGGCUGGCUUUGAUGUGGAGGGGGUCAUCAACCCCACCAAUGCUGAACUUGAACUUAAAGAUGAUCUAGGUAGCGCUCUCGAGAAGAAGGGAGGGAAGGAGUUCACUGAAGCGCUCCAGGAGCUCAAGAAGAAAAAUGGCCCUCUAGAGGUGGCUGGAGCUGUGUUGACCGGUGGCUAUGGUUUGCCUGCAAAGUACGUCAUCCACUGUAACAGUCCAGGCUGGGGCUCCGACAAGUGUGAGGAGAUGCUGGACAAGACGGUGAAGAACUGCCUGGCCUUGGCUGACGAGAAGAAGCUCAAGUCGGUGGCUUUCCCCUCCAUUGGUAGUGGGAGGAAUGGCUUCCCAAAGCAGACGGCUGCCCAGGUGAUCCUGAGGGCCAUCUCCAGCUACUUUGUGACCACCAUGUCUUCCACCAUCAAGACCGUCUACUUUGUGCUGUUUGACAGCGAGAGCAUAGGCAUCUAUGUGCAGGAAAUGGCCAAGCUGGAAACAAGUUAAGAGUUUGGAGUAUUUGCCUCUUUUUCCCUUUUCAACCAACCAUGCCCCUCUCCCACCCCGACCCCAGCUCAACUAGCCCCUGCCUGCCUGGUUAAAGGCUUUUUUGGGAUGUUUUUUUUUUUUUCCCCUGCGAGAAAAUAGAAAGAUGUUUACGAGUGAUUUGUUUAAAAACAAAAAAAGAAGAAGAAGAAGAAAAAGAAUCUCUAUUAAGGCCGGGAACUUAUUUUGCAUUAUGUUUGUAUUUUUCCUACAUUUGUUUUUAUUUCUGAUUUUGACUGCCGUCAAAAGUAAAAAUGCACUGUUCCUUUUGCAAUCCUUCAACACAGAUGGUGUCAGACAAAAGAUAUUCAUUGAGUGAGAUGACUCACUUUGAGAAGAAAUAAUUUUCAUGAUAUACAAAAGAUGUUAUGAGAUAGCUAAUCCUCAAUUAUAAGGCUUCUGGAGAAGUCACAUGAAUACGGGUUAAUGCAUGUAAUGGCAGUAAAGAUAGCUAUCCUCUUUCUUUUGAACUCAAAAACACAAGACAGUUAUUUCAGUGUAUUUUGGUAUCUGUUCUGCUUUUUGGAACAUCUCUUGUUGAUAGCACUGUGUAAUGAAAAGUUAAAAGUUCAAGAAAAGUUUGCUACUCUUCAGGAGACUAUUACAGUGAAAUAACGGAAUGAUUUUUUGUUUUUGUGCUGUGUGUUGCAGAAUCCUGUUGGUUUUGCCUUUCUUUAUACAGGCAGAAAUGUUAUGUUUCCUUAAUGUGCUGCAGAGACCUUUAAUUUCCAAAAAUUAUAAAUAAAAAAAAAAAACAAAUACAUAAAUAAAUGUCAGCAAUUGGGGUAAAAAUGUUAAUUCACUGAUAGAUGCCUCUUAUAUAUCUUACAUCAUACAUUUUACAAUAUCAGUAAUCCUAGUACUCAAGUCAUAAAACAGUUUCUAUACCCAGUAGCUUAUAAGAACAAUAACACUAAUAAUAAUAAUAAUGUUGAUGAAAAUCAUUUAAUACAGUGGUUGAAAUGGAGAUAAAAGGUUUUUGCAGGACAUGAGUGGUUUAUAUUGUGUGUUCCUAUCAAUGUUUAUAUAGAUGGAGUAUUUGUGCAAUGUUAUAGUAAAAUAUUGGACUGUAACAUAGAUUUUUAUUUUGUAUUUUAAUUUGCACACUAAUUCUAAAGGCACAGGUGAUUUGGAGAAAAAAAUUCUAAGAGAUUGUUUUUUGCGCGUUUUGUCUUUGUUAAGCCAUAAACAAAUGCAACUGUAUUAAUUUUGCUGGAAGGAGUGGCACUCUAUUGUCCUGGUUUCUCCCACUCAGCUACCACUAGAUGGCUCUCUGUAAUCAAGAAUUGAAUUUUCACCACAGCCAUUUUCUGUGCCAGAGAAACCCCUUUAACGAGGAGGGCGACGCAGACUUUGGUUGAUUUUGAGUUGGAUUUGAAUUGGGAUCAACGGAUGUACACGAGAAACCUGAUUGCUCUGCUGCAUUUGGACUUUUCAGUAACUUUCUUAUGAUAAAAUGUAAAAUGCUUUCUAAAGAAUUGCUACAAUUGAUGAUUAUACUUGAGGUCUGUACACAGUCCGGUAAUAAAAUGCCUUUCAAAACAA